GUCCAAGUGAAAAUUGGAAACAACGGAAAUCCUAAUUUGCGAUUUGUUCUCCGCCAUUUCCACAAUCGGAAACUCUCUGUAACUCUGUUCACUGCAGGAGACCCUAACCCACUGAAAAUGGUAAGAAAGAAACAGAACUCCAAGAUGGUAUGGCGGAGAAAGGAAGCGCCGCCUCCGCCGCCUCCACCAUGGACAGAGCUUCCGCGGGACUUAAUCGCGAAUAUAUUACAGAGGCUGGAUGUCGAGAUUAUACUGGAGGAUGCGCAGAGAGUGUGCACUACUUGGCGAAGCGUGUGCACGGAUCCUUCCAUGUGGCGAAAAAUCGACUUGUCUUUAAGAAAUGAUUAUUCUGAAUAUGACGCGGGAAUCAUGUGUAAGCACUUGGUCGAUCGUAGCCAGGGGCAAUUGGCUGAUCUUAGGCUUGGUUUUUUCGCCACAGAUGCUCUGCUAGCAUAUAUCGCCGAGAGGUCAGGUCAGCUUCGAUACCUUUCUCUUGAUUCUUGUGAUGAAAUAUCUGGUGAUGGUUUGACUGAAGCUAUUAAAAGGUUUCCUUUGCUUGAGGAGCUACAUCUUUUCCAUUCUGAGUUUCCUUCUGAAUUCAUAGAAACAGUUGGUCAUACCUGCCCAUUGUUGAAAUCCUUUUCCAUUGGAUCUGUUGCAUGGUUUGAUGAUGAUGAGGAUAUUAGAGAUCCGGGAACGGAAAGUAACAAGUUGGCACUUGCUAUCGCCAAAACCAUGCCUGGAUUGCGACAUCUUAGUCUAGUUGGAAAUACACUGACUAAUGAAGGCCUGGUGGCUAUUCUUGAUGGUUGUACUCACUUGGAAUUAUUAGAUCUCCGUGGGUGUCUUGGAGUUAACCUCGAGGGUGAUAUCGGUAUGCGAUGUUCCCAACAGGUCAAAUGUGUGAAGUUGCCCAAGGAGUCCAUUUCGGAUCUUGAAAUGUAUGACAGUGAUGCAUUUGAGGAUUACAGGUCUCUUUUUUCUGGCCAUGACUUCAUGUCAGACUAUGAAGAAGAAUAUUUUCACGAUUACGAGGACGAUGAUGACUUUUCGUUUUUGCCGCUGUGGGCAGCACUAGAUUCGGAUGAUGAAGAUUUCUUAAAUGAAGAUUAUCUGAGGGAUUUGGGGCCGAUUAUGUGACUUUGAGAAGUCCCAAGCUUAAUCCUACGUUUAUCAUGAAGCUCUCUGUUGAAAGUCUUUAACUAGUUUUAGACUUUUAGUUAGUAGGAUGGUGAGACCAUUGAUGGGGUUUUUCUUUAUAUCUCGUCAAUCCUUUGAACUGCUGGCCUGCUGUGCUAGUCAAAGGACUCUUGAUCUUCUCUGUUGCUGGUUUUGGCCUGCUCAUUUUGGAAGGAAUAGGCCUGCUGCUAAAUGCUUUUACUUGCUGUAUUGUAAAUGCACCGUCGUUUUUGCAGUUGUAUUUGUGCUGUAUGUAUGUGCUUCCCAUAUGCUUACUGGCUACUCCCUGUGGUUCUAAUUAUAAGACACAAAUUUGAGCCAUAAAGAGGUUAAUUUGUACUUUAUAAUUAGGACAUUAAGGAAUACUAGUCAUCAAAUUCUCUUUCUACCAGUUACUGUAAACUGUAUGGUAUUGUGACAUUUCCAGAGUUGUGUUUCCUAGGUACGAGUCUUGAGGAUAUAUCUGGGCUGGUAAUGAAAGUUUACAUCUGAUGAUGCUAUUUGACAU